GGUUCUUUUGAGCCCGGAAGAGAAGUGUUUGAUGGCGUCGCCUAGCAACGGCCAUCUCUCCUCCUCCUUCCUCCUCUUUGUCAACGGAAGCCAGGGGAAAGGGGAGUGAGCGGGAAGGGCGGGAGACGCUUGAGCAGGAUCAGCACUGCCUUUGAAGGUGUCGGUUUUCCAGCCGCGAGGCCUUGUGGUCGCCCAAGGAAGGCUUAGGGUGAAAGCCCUGCCGCCCUUCAGCCAUUCUCUGUGAAGUAAACCUACUGACAGCUUAAGAGAAAGUACCGGGCCCUGCGCAAACUAUCGAGAGAUAAAUGAACACUCAAGAUGGCACCUAUUUUAGAAUGGAAAAAGCUUAUGAGAGUAGAUCCUGAUGCUUUGCCCCGUCAAGAGGAACUUGCAGAUAAUUUGCUGGAGGCAGUUGCCAAGGUUGAUGGAAAUGACCUGAAGGAUGAGAAACCUGAACGUUUAAUUCAGCUUUUUAAAAUUUCUCAGUCACUAAUGAAGAUGAAAAAUCAAGAAGUCGAGCUGGCAUUGGAAGAAGUUGAGAAAGCUGGGGAGGAGCAAGCCAAAUUUGAAAAUCAGUUAAAAACUAGGGUGAUGAAACUGGAAAAAGAGUUAGAGGCAGCACAGCGAUCUACCGGUGGCCGGGAUACUCGCUUUCUGCGUGAUGAGAUCCGGCAAUUGGAAAGACAGCUGGAACAAAAAGACAGAGAACUGACAGAUAUGGAAAAGGAGUUAGAGAAAGAGAAAAAGGUCAAUGAACAGCUUGCUCUUCGAAAUGAGGAUGCAGAAAAUGAGAACAGCAAAUUGAGAAGAGAGAAAAAACGAAUGAAGAAAAAGAAUGAACAACUGCGACAGGAUGUAAUUGACUAUCAGAGACAAAUCGAUAACCAAAAAGAAACACUUCUUUCACGAAGAGGAGAAGAAUCGGAUUACAGGUCACAGUUAUCAAAAAAGAACUUUGAACUUGUCCAGUAUCUAGAUGAAAUUCAGGGUUUAACUGAAGCUAAUGAAAAAUUAGAUGCACAGAACCAGGAAAUGAGGAAGAACUUAGAAGAAUCUGUGCAAGAGAUGGAAAAAAUGACAGAUGAAUACAAUAAAAUGAAAGUUAUUGUUCAGCAAUCUGAUAUUGUUAUGGAUCAACUCAGAAAGGAAAAGGAGCAAUAUAGGUUACAGGUGCAUGAAUUAACAGAGCAACUUAGAGCAAAAAAUGAAGAGGAUGAUCCUGUCAUGGUAGCUGUAAAUGAAAAAGUGGAAGAAUGGAAGGGAAUUUUGGCUUCCAAAGAUGAAGAAAUUGUUGAAUAUCAGCAGAUGUUGUUGAACUUGAGAGAGAAAAUGAAAAUGGCUCAGCUUGAUGCUGACAAGAGCAGUGUUAUGGCACUCCAGCAGAUAAUAUCUGAACUCUAUAUUGGUGUACAAGAGAGAGACAGUCAGAUCAAACUUCUUACUGAACAGGUUGAACAGUAUACAAAAGAAAUGGAAAAGAAUGCAUUGCUUAUUGAGGAUCUCAAACAAGAACUCCAGAAAGAAAAAGUUGUGCCAUCUUUUACACAACAAGAUUGUGUUGAGGAAAUAAAAGUCAAGUUGGAUCUGCUAGAACAUAAAACAAAAGAAGCCGAACGGAUGGCAGAAGCUGCAGAAGCUGAUGCAAGGGAAAAGGACAAAGAACUUAUCGAUACUCUGAAGCGAAUGAAAAAUUAUGAAACAGGAAUAUAUGGUCUGGAAGAUGCUGUUGCGGAAAUCAAUGAUUUAAAGACCCAACUUAAAAUAAGGGACCAUGAGAUUGAAACACUAAUUAAAGAAAUUAACAAACUUGAACUUAAAAUCAAUGAUUUCCUUGAUGAAAAUGAAGAUCUUCGGGAACGACUAGGCCUUGAUCCAAAGACGAUGAUUGAUUUAACAGAAUUUAAAAACAGCAAAGCAUUAAAACAGCAGCAGUACAAGGCUGAAAACCAGAUCCUACUGAAAGAGAUUGAAAGACUGGAAGAAGAAAGAGUUUCUCUGAAGCAGCACAUUCGCAAACUGGCUCAGGAGAAGGGAAGAAGGGCUGCCACUUUAGGACUGGAUACAGAUGACCUACAUCUGAUUGAUACUUUUACUGAAGAUCUGAAAAUGAGAAGGGUGAAGUCUGAAUUCAUGAGUAUCGGGAACACUGAAGAGAUUAAAGCCAAGAACGACUAUCUUACCAAAGAAUUAAGUGAACGAGAGAGAGACAUGGAACAAAACAGGACUGUGAUAGCAAAAUUUCAAUCCAAAUUAAAGGAAUUAGUACAAGAAAACAAGCACCUUGAGCAAGGCAUGAAAGAAAUUCUUCAAGCUAUCAAAGACAUGCAGAAAGAGCCAGGUACAAAGGGAGGAGAAACAGCUCUAAUGAUUCCCAGUCUGGAACGAUUGGUAAAUGCAAUUGAAUUGAAGAAUGCAGAGGGAACCUUUGAUCCCAAUUUUCAUUUGAAGACUCAAGUUGAUCAACUUACUGGACGAAAUGAAGAAUUAAGAAAAGAACUGCAAGAAGCUCGGAAAGAAGCUGUGAAUUUUUCUAAUCAGUUGGCCAAAGCAAAUGCAAAGAUUGCCAAUCAAGAAAAAGAGAUUGAGUUGCUGCGACAAUCAGAUGGUACCAAUAUAUCAUUCAAAGCAAUAAAUCUUCCUGAGGGAAUGGCUCCUUCUAGUAUGAACAUAAUUAAUUCACAGAAUGAAUAUUUAAUACACCUUUUGCAGGAUCUGGAAAAUAAAGAACAACUACUCAAAAAAUUAGAAGGAGCAGUUGAAGAAUACAAAAGAAAGUUUGCAGUUAUCCGCCAUCAGCAAGGUUUGCUGUAUAAAGAAUAUCAAAGUGAGAGAGAACAUUGGCAAACUGUUGAUGAAAAAAUACAAGAAGAAAAGAGAAAGUUAGAGUAUCAAAAAGAGCAAGAUGAUAUAAAACUAAAGGAAUAUUAUAAUUUGCUAGAUGUGCUUGAAAAGGAUAGUGAUGACUCAAAACAACAGUUUGCGGACUACAGUAGAAAAAUGACUGUUCUACGAGUAAAUGAACGAUCAUUGAUGAGGCAGUACACAACCUUGCUUGAAAUGGAAAAGCAUCUUCGGAAAGAGAAUGAGAAGAUGAGGUCUGAGUUAACAUCAGUGGAAGCAGCAGUUCAAGAAAAGAUUGGAUGUUUACAAAGAUUCAAGGAAAUGGCAACUUUCAAAAUAGCAGCAUUACAAAAAGCAUUGGAUGACAGUGUACCUUUGCAUGACCUAGAAGUGGCAAAUAAACAAUAUAAUGAACUAACUGCUAAAUAUAGAGAUAUGCUACAAAAGGAUAACUUGCUUGUUCAAAGAACAACUAAUCUGGAAUGUUUGGAGCAUGAGAAUAUGUCCAUGAAAGAACAAAUGGAAUCUUUAAAUAAGCAACUGGAAAUUACAAAAGAGAAACUUCAUACAAUUGAACAGGCUUGGGAACAAACAGUAAAACUGGGAGGAGACAGCGCUACAGACAAGGCCACAAAAGCCAUAACCAACACUGAGAUCGUUUCUAUUUCCAAAAAAAUUACCAUGCUGGAAAUGAAAGAGCUAAAUGAAAGGCAAAGGGCAGAGCACUCACAGCGAAUGUAUGAACACAUACGGAACACAAUGAAGCAAGUAGAGGAACGUAAUUUUGAACUGGAAACCAAAUUUGCUGAGCUUACAAAGAUCAACCUUGAGGCACAGAAAGUGGAACAGUCCUUGCGAGAUGAACUGUCAAGCAGUGUGAGUAAAGCAGUCAGUGAAGCAGACAGAUGCCGUAUAAUGGAUUUGGAGAAAAAUGAAACAGAACUCAAGAUUGAAGUCUCAAAGUUAAGGGAGCUUUCUGAUAUUGCCAAGAUGCAAGUUGCUGCUUUGGAGAAUCGCCAGCAAUCCAGAGAGAAAGAAGUAGAAUCACUUAGAAUGCAGGUUUUGGACUAUCAGGCACAAUCAGAUGAAAAAGCUCUUAUUGCAAAAUUGCAUCAGCAUGUUGUUGCCCUCCAGAUUAGUGAGGCUGCUGCAGUGUCCAAGCUAGAGGCUGCCAUAUCCAAAUUUCAGAAGAUGGAGAUUGCCAAUAUGCGCCUGGAACAGAAAUUGGAUGACAAGGAACAAGCCUUAUAUUAUGCACGGCUUGAAGGAAGAAACAGAGCCAAGCACCUUCGCCAGACUGUGCAGUCAUUGCGGAGACAAUUUAGUGGUGCUUUGCCCCUGGCCCAGCAGGAGAAGUUCUCCAAGACUAUGAUUCAGCUUCAGAAUGACAAAUUGAAAAUGUUCGAUGAUAUCCAGCAUUCUCAGCAAGAACGUCGAAAUGCAGAGACUAGAACUCUGGAGCUGGAACGGAAAUUAAAAGGAUUAGAAGAACUAAUCGCUACAUUAAAAGAUACAAGAGGAGCACAAAAGGUCAUUGAGUGGCAUAUGAAAAUUGAAGAACUUCGUCUUCAAGAACUCAAACUGAACCGGGAACUAGCCACGAAAAAGGAAGAGAUCAAAUAUUUGAACAAUAUUCUUUCUGAAUACGAGCGCACCAUCAAUAACCUGGAAGAAGAAAUUGUACAGCAGAACAAGUUUCAUGAGGAACGACAGAUGGCUUGGGAUCAAAGAGAAGUAGAAUUAGAACGUCAGCUAGACAUGCAUGACCGUCAGCAAAGAGACUUAUUAAGUACAGCUCACAAGUUGGAUGAAACUACAGGGUCAGUUCCAGAUCCUAGUUUGUCACUUCCACAUCAGCUUCAGCAAGCUGUCAGAAAAAAUAGAGAACAUGUUCGAACAAUCGUAGAAAUGCAGGCCACCUGCAAAUCCUUAGAAGAGAAGUUGAAAGAAAAAGAAGCUGCUUUGUGGAAAGCAGAGCAAAAUAUCUUGUCAAGAGACAAGGUAAUAAAUGAGCUACGACUUCGAUUACCAGCAUCAUUGGAGAGAGAGAAGAUAAUAGCAGAGCUUGACCAAAAAGCUGAUGAGUCUGCCACCCAUCCUCAUGGUCUGAAAAUUGCACAUCAGACUAUUGCAAAUAUGCAAGCAAGAUUAAAUCAGAAAGAGGAAGUGCUGAAAAAAUACCAACAUCUUUUAGCCAAAGCAAGAGAGGAACAAGAGGAAAUUGCAAAAAAACAUGAAGAAGACCUCAGACUACUACAUCAAAAGUUAGAUUUACAUACUGAUAAUUCUUUUCAUAAAUUUAAACAGACUGCAUUGGAAUUGAUGAAAAAACCCUCUUUAGCUGUCCCAGCAAAUAAACACUUAAUUCGUCUGGCAGAGAUGGAACAAACAGUAGCAGAACAAGACAGUUCCCUUGCUUCCCUUUUAAACAAAUUAAAGAAAACAUCCUUUGAGUUACAGAGGCAAAAGCAAAUGACAGUGGCAAAAAUCAAGGAUUUUGAUAACAUCAGGGCACAACUUGAGCAGAAGCAUGCAGCUGAAGUGAAAGAAUUGAAAGAUGAAGUGGAUGAAUUAAGGAGUGUGUUGUCACAGAUGGAGAAAGAAUUAAUGAAUGUAAAAACAGAGCUGGAGGCCCAAAGAGAAGCAAAUAAUAGAGCUCCGACGACUACAAUGAAAAAUCUAGUGGAACGAUUGAAGAAUCAGCUAGCCUUGAAAGAGAAACAACAGAAAGCUUUGAGUAAAGCACUUUUGGAGCUGAGAGCAGAAAUGACAGCUGCGGCUGAACAACAGAUUAUUUCUAUAGCAUCACAAAAGGAGGCACAUAUGAAUGUUCAGCAGAUUGUUGACAAACACACAAAGGAACUGAAGAUUCAGAUAGAAGAUUUAAAUGAACAGCUUUCCAAACUUAAAGAUGCUCUAAAAUCAAGCAAAAAUAAAGAGAAUUCAUUAUUAGAUGAUUUAGACGAUUUAAAUCAGGAACUUCAGAAAAAAAUCAAAGCCCACACAAAGGUUCUAAGGGAAAAAGAUGACAUAGAAAAAGAAAAUGAAGAACUGAAAAAGCGAAUUAAGAGACUAACUACUUCAGUUCAGGGCAAAGCUGAAGACCAAACUAUGAUAGAUGAGCUUCAAAGAAAAAUAAAGAAGAUGGAAAUUGAGCUGGGAAAGAAGAAUGAUGAAUCAGAAAAGAAAACUCUAAGAGAAGAGAAGAGCCAAAGGGAAGAAUUAAUUAGAUGGGAAGAAAGUAAAAAAUGGCAGAGUAAAACAGAAGGAAUGAAGAACAAACUGAAAGAAAAGGAAAAGGAAGUGGAAUCCUUAACUAAACAGUUAACCACAGUAAAGGAACUUUUUUCCAAGGCAGAUAAAGAAAAACUUGCUUUGCAGAAGAAGCUGAAGAGCUGUGGUGUUACUGUCGAUCAGGUGGUAGGAGUACGGGUCUCUGAGUCGGAGCGAGAGCUCGAAGAGCUUCGAAAACGGAACAUGGAUUUGGAGGAUGAGAUGGUUCACUUGAAGACACAGUAUGCUGUUCCUCGAGAUUCUGUUGUGGAAGACUUGCACUUAAAAAACAAAUACUUGCAAGAAAAACUUGUUGUACUAGAGAAGCAACUUUCUAAAGAUCCUUUUUCAAGACCUUCGAAUGUCGCAUGUGAAGCAACUGCAUUGGGUAAUACGCAUGUUACCAUUAACGCCUUCUCUAAGCACAAUCGUUUGAAAUAUUCAUCUAAGAAAAUUCUCAUGGAUAAAACCAAGUUGAGGCUUCAAGGUUUUCCUAAUAUGACUAAUGCAAAUGACAAUGGAGUAAAUUAUGAAACACUCAACAUAGAAAAAUCCCAUCAGGUUGCUGAAAAUGUUGCUCUCAAUGAUAUUGAUGAAAACCAGUUUGAAAAUGGGAAAAAGAAAGAGGAUUUAAAGGCAAGUUCAGAAGCUGAAAAGGGCAACUCUGAGGACAAUAUGGAACAGGAAAUUAUUUCUCCUGAAGAGGAUAGCAUUGAGAAACAAUGUGAAAUGCCUAACAAAGAAACAGAAGAAAUCUGCAAGCGUUCUAGCAGUGGGAAAGAAAAGGAAAGCAAACAUGACUCUCAUCCUGACAAGAACUGCAUUCAGUCUGACGCAGAGGAAGUUACUGAUCAAUCCAAAAAUGUUGAGACAAAAGUGGAAAAUAAUAAUGAGGUAGUAGGAGAAGAUGCAAGUGAGAGCCAUCAAACUGGACAAGAGAGGAGUGAAUUUUGUGAAGUUCCUCAGACAUCAGGAUUAGGGUCAGAUGAUCAGUAUCAAAAAGAACAAGAGCUUCAAAAGGAGAACCUAAUAUUGUCAUCUGAAAAUAUGGAAUUACGAUUUCAGCUAGAACAGGCCAAUAAAGACCUACCAAGAUUAAAGAAUCAAGUAGCCGAUUUAAAAGAAAUGUGUGAACUUCUGAAGCGAGAAAAGACAGAAGCUGAGCGGAAGCUUGGCAAUGUCAGAGGGUCUGGAAGAAGUGGUAAGACUAUUCCAGAAUUAGAGAAAACAAUUGGAUUAAUGAAAAAGGUUAUUGAAAGAGUCCAAAGAGAAAAUGAAGAGCUUAAGAAAGCACCUGGAAUAGUCUCCAGCGAAAAAAUGACCAGCCUCCAAGAAGAAAAUGAAUGCUUAAAGUCUGAACUGGAAAAACUGAAGCUUCACCUUGGAGGUGAACUGAGUACACGGUAUGAACUGAAAACUAAAGGUACCGAAAAAAUAAUUGCUGAAAAUGAGAGAAUACGAAAGGAGCUGAAAAAGGAAGCAGAGAAUGCUGAAAAGUUACGAAUAGCCAAGAACAAUCUUGAGAUAACAAAUAAAAAAUUGACCGAGGAACUGGAAGAAACAAUUAAGAAAUUAAAAGUGGCAGAAAGCAGAAUCCCACAGCUUGAAGGCACUGACAGCAAGCAUUGGAAAUCUAUGGUCAUAACAAGAAUGUAUGGAAAUAAAAUGAAAGAAAUGGAAGCUGACAUUGCCAAAAAAGCCCAGACUAUUAGUGAUCUUAAACAACAAUUGGAGAACGCCACAGGGAAUGAAGAAAAAUAUGCCAAAAACUUAAAAGAACAGAUUGAGCUUCUCCAAGACUAUCCUGAGGGUACCCAAACAGAGCAGGACCGUCUCAGAGAACUCCAGCUUCUCAGGUUAACCAAUGCUCGUUUGGAAAAUGAAAAGGCAGCAUUAAUCAAUCAGUUGGAGGCAUUUCGAAGUCUAACUGAAAUAAAGAAGGGACGUAGCUUUGUAUCUGAGAAGCCUGGAAGCUAUAUGGUACUAGCAGAAGACCUGAAGAAACAGUUGAAAACCUCAGAUUUGGAACAGCAGCGACUUCAGGAAGAAGUCAGAAAGCUUAAAAAUGAGCUGGAUAAUUUUGACCCGUCCUUUUUUGAAGAAAUUGAAGACCUGAAGUACAACUACAAUGAAGAAGUUAAAAAAAAUAUUAUCUUAGAAGAGAGGCUGAAAACACUUUCCGAACAAUUUGGUGUUCAAGUAGAUAUUCCAGCCCGAGUUUCUAUUGAUUAAAUGGAAAGGCAUGCAACUUUUCAAAGACAUGUCCCAUUUGGAGAUGAAUCAUAUAGCCUGGGAAAAAAACAUUCUUAUAUCAGGAGUCAAGCAAACUGCUUUCCAUGCUGCAAAAAAAAUACUGGUGUGCAGCUACACUGCACAGCUUUUGUUGGCUCUCCCUAAAGGAAGGAUCUUUCUUAUUCAUUUGAGCCACUGCUUCUUUCCAUUUCUGCUAGCAUGGAGCCAACAGUUUGAAAUAAAAACAUUACAGAACUGUGAACUGGGGAUUUGUAUAUAUAUAUAUGUAUGUAUUUUGUUAUGUUAAUUUAUUACGUUUUUAGAGUACGCAGUUUUGUAGAUUUUUCCAUCAAUUAUUCUUUAUUUUUCUACAUUUGAGUAUUAUAAAUGAUGAAGAAACAGCAGUUUAACAUUUCUUUACCCUGUUUUAAAUGUUUUAUUAAACUUAAAGACGUACACAUACUUGGUCUUUUUAUAAUAAAGAAAAUAUAAAAACCC